ACAGCUGGACCAGCAGGCGGCGGAGACGCGCUCUCACGCAGCAGCAGCAGCAGCAGAAGAAGAAGAAGCAGACGCAGAGCGCCAUUUCGUGUUUGGCGCCCGAACAGAGAGGACUGGAGCCCCUGCUACACUCCUGAAGCCGCCGCAGAGGACUCGCUGACAGCAGCAGCCAUGAGGCGGUCGAGGGCGGACGUGCAGCGCUAUGUGUCUGCGGUUCAGAGCGCCUCUCCCUCGCUGAACGCGAAGCCCGUCAAAGGAUUUCUCUUUGCUAAACUCUACUUUGAGGCUAAGGAGUAUGAGCUGGCUAAAAGACAUGUUUCGGAGUAUCUGACCGUCCAGCCGAAGGAUCCUAAAGCGCACAAGUUCCUCGGGCAGCUGUUUGAGCGUGACGGCGAAACGGACAAAGCUGUGGGAUGUUACAAGCGCUCGGUGGAUCUGAAUCCGGCUCAGCACGAUCUGGUCCUGAAGGUGGCCGAGCUGCUGUGCAGUAAACCGGAGCAUGACAGCCGAGCUGAAUUCUGGGUGGAGAAAGCUGCCAGGCUUCUGCCGGGACACCCGGGCGUCUUCAGUCUGAGGGAGAAGCUUCUGAGUGCUCAGAGCGGCUCCAACCAGCUGUACGAGCUGCUGCAGGCGGAGCUCAAGCUGCGGCCCGCCAACACCUACAUCAACCAGAAGCUGGUGCAGCUCUACAGCGCCGAGGGCCGGCUCCAGGACGCCGUCAAACACUGCCUCGCCGUGGAGAGAGCCGGCGUCCUGAGACACUGUCUGCAGUGGUACCAGCUGUUAGUCAGCACCCUGCAGGAGUACAUCUGCCAGCCGAGCAUGUUGUCGAAUGAACAAGCGUCACGCAAGUUUCAGAAAGAGCUGCUGCUGGCGCAGUGUAGCUGUGUGAGACUGACGCUGACACUGAAGGACUGUGAGGAGAGCACCGCUGCACUCUGGAGUUUUGACUGUGCGAUGCAGGCUCUGAAGAACACAGCCACAAACACGGCGGACGAGCUGGCGGAGGUGUUCACGGAGAUGAGGGCGCACCUGUACCUGUACUCCGGGACGCUGCUGCUGAAGAGGGCACAGGACGGGGUGCAGCAGUGGAGGGCUGUGCUGGAUCUGGCCGCUCUCUGUUAUCUCGUAUCCUAUCAGGCUCCGAGACCCAAAGCCAGGAGCUUCAAGAGUGAGCAGGCGUCCCAUGAGCCUCUGGAGCUGCUGGCCUGUGAUCGUCAGAGUCAGGCGGGUCACAUGCUGCUGAACCUGAGCCGGGACGUGGAGCAGCUGCUGAAGGACGUGGUGGAGGCCUUCGGGAACCGGAGCGGCACGGGCCGUCUGUUCAGCGCACAGCUAUUCAGCGCACAGACGCAGGAGCAGCUCUCCUUCAUCUGCAACGAUGAUAUCCACGUCCUCAGCGUACAUGUGCCCAAAGCCGUGGAUCUGGCCAAGUGUGACAGCGGAGUGUCAGCAUCGCACGCGGGUGAUCUGCAGCAGCUGGCGUGGCUCGGUCUGCAGUGGGCGCUCAUGGGUCAAAGCGUGAGUCUGCAGGACUGGCUGAAGCAGCUCUUCCCUCGCCUCACGCUCGAGACCUCCAAACUGGACACCAACGCGCCGGAAUCCAUCUGCCUGCUGGACCUGGAGGUGUUCGUGUGCGGCGUGGUGUUCUGCAGUCAGGCGCAGCUGCAGGAGCGGGGGAAGAUGGCCUGCUCUCAGCCGCACGAGCCGCGCUGUCUGCCGCUGCACAUCAUGAAGCUGCUGUCGUCUGACAGACAGAGAGAGUGGUGGGAUGCUGUCUACAGCCUGAUUCACAAGAGAGCGCAGCCCGGGACGUCUGCUAAACUGCGUCUGCUCGUGCAGCACGGUCUGGGCACGCUGCGCGCCGGAGAGAAACACGGCCUGCAGCCGGCGCUGCUCAUACACUGGGCUAAACACCUGACUGACGCGGCUCUGCGGGUGAACUCCUACUACGAUCAGAAGGAGUAUGCUAGCCGCAGUGUGCACUACUGGAGGGUUGUGCUCCCCCUGCUGGAGAAGGUCCGACACAAACGCAGCAUCCCUGAACCCCUGCAGCCCAUGUUCAUGCACUUUCAGAGCAGAGACAUACAGCCCUCUCAGGUGCGAGUGUAUGAGGAAGAUGCAGUCAUAAGCUUCGCCACACUCCUUGACAUCGAGGGCAACACAGAGGAGGCCAUCGUGAAGCUGGAGCAGCUCAACAGCAUCUCGUCUAACUGGCAUCUGGCGAAGAUCUAUCAGAGGCUGUCGGAGGAGGCAGGGAACGGGCUUGAGGAAACUCAGGGCAUGUGCACCAGCUUCCUCCUGAAGUUCAGGAAAUACUUGGCCAAGAUUUAUCAGGCCAAUGCAGAGGAUAUGGAGAAGUUACCGGUGUCUAUGGAGGAGGUGAUGGAUUUGUUGAAUGAGGUCAGCCAGCAGCUUGAAGAUGUUGGUGAGAUGUGUGAAGAUCAGGUGGACUAUCCUGUGACAUCCAGCCCCGGGCAGCCCGCUGAAGGCCAUGUCAGAUUCUCCACUCCUUCCCCAUCCAAGAGUGCGACGUCUCCGUCCAAAAGAUCUGUGUUCUCCCCCAAAACACCACCUCACUGGGUGGAGGACCAGAAGUCACUGCUGCAGAUAUUAUGCCAGCAGGUCGAGGCCUUGAAGAAUGAGGUUCAUGACCUGCGCCAUAACUCUUCAGAUGCCACGCCAUCCUCGUAUAGGAUGCAUAGAGACAAUUAUGCUGCAGAAGGACUUCAGGAAACAUUUCCUGCGGCGCAGACACUCCACGGUGUUCCUCUCACUGUUGCUACUACAGGUCCCUCUGUGUACUAUAACCAGUCUCCAGCAUAUAAUUCACAGUAUCUUCUGCACACCGCUGCGAAUGUCACACCAACAAAGGGCCCAGUAUAUGGGAUGAAUCGUCUUCCUCCACAGCAGCAUAUGUAUUCCUACCAACAAUCAACACACACCCCACCUCUCCAGUCAACACCCGCAUGCAUGUAUCCUCAAGAACAGGUCUUCGGUCCUCCCAUCCGCUUUGAGUCACCAGCUACAUCCUUACGGCCUCCUGCCAAAUUGUUUUCUUUUGGACUUUCUGGAGAUUCCGCUAAAAGCGCCACCAGCACUGAUGUCAGCUCAAAGGGCUUCACAUUUGGAUCUCAAGUUCCAGUUUCUUUUAAGUUUGGAUCGAAGGAUGCUGCCGUCACAUCUGCUGGCUUUGUAGCUCAGGCUGAGAAGAAAGCAAUUCAGUCUGAUGCACCACAACAAGAGAAAGUGUCAGCAGGUCCAGCAGUCCCAUUUGGCACUGGAUUUGGUGCUCAGUUUGCCAAAGGAUCGAAGGAUGCUGCCGUCACAUCUGCUGACUUUGUAGCUCAGGCUGAGAAGAAAGCAAUUCAGUCUGAUGCACCACAACAACAGAAAGUGUCAGCAGGUCCAGCAGUCCCAUCUGGCACUGGAUUUGGUGCUCAGUUUGCCAAGAAAGAGGGUCAGUGGGACUGUGACUCCUGCCUAGUGAGGAAUGAUGCCUCAGCAACUGAAUGCGUUUCUUGCCAAGCCCCCUGCAGCACUGAAAAAAGUAAAGCAACAUCGCAAGGUGGGCUAGCUGCCAUGUUUGGUAAAAAAGAUGGACAGUGGGACUGUGACACUUGCCUGGUAAGAAACAAAGGUUCGUCCAGCCAUUGUGUUUCAUGUCAGACAGCAAACCCAAAUAUGAAAAACACGACCUCUGCUGCACCGUCAAGUUCCUCUUUUUCCUUCAGUUUUGGUAGUUCUAGCAGCCAACCUGCUGCGACAGGAUUUAAAGCCAACUUCAAUCCAGGCACUGCUUCCUUUCAGUUCGGCACAAGUCAGGAUAAAGCAUCCUCAGAAGGCUUCAAGUUUGAGUCAUCCACAACUGAGGCUGAAAAGUCAUCAGGCAGUUCAAGUUUUCCCUUUUCCAUGUCGGCGCCUGUUGGCGGAUUUAAGUUUGGCAUUACAGAAUCUGAGGCAAAACCAUCAGAUGAACAGUCCCAAAAUGGAUCUGCGUCUGACCUCCUCAAAAAUAUUGCUGAGCUUCACAAAGAGAAAGAGGCAGCCCCAAGUUCAUCAGAACAGUCUGUAGACGCUGAUAGUCACGAUAAUAAUCCCCUCUUUACUGGAAAGCCUGACACCUUUAGUUUCGCUGACUUGGCAAAGUCACAAGGCAGUUUUCAGUUUGGCCAGAAUGAUCCCGCUUUCAAAGGCUUUGCAGGGGCUGGCGAGCAGCUCUUUACAGGAGUUAAUUCCAGCUCCAAGGCCGACACCUCUGUCGAUCAAGAUGAUGAAAUGUACAAAACCGAUGAGAAUGACGAUAUUCAGUUUGAGCCCGUUGUUCAGAUGCCGGAGAAGGUCGACCUUGUUACAGGCGAAGAAGAUGAGAAAGUCUUGUAUUCACAGCGCGUCAAACUCUUCAGAUUUGAUACGGAAACAAACCAAUGGAAAGAAAGAGGAGUUGGCAACCUUAAACUGCUCAAGAAUAGCCAGAACGGGAGACUUCGAGUUCUUAUGAGGAGAGAGCAGGUGUUUAAAGUGUGUGCUAAUCAUUGGAUCACAACCACAAUGAACUUAAAGCCUCUCUCUGGCUCGGAUCGAGCCUGGAUGUGGAUGGCCAGUGACUUCUCAGAUGGAGAUGCCAAAUUAGAACAACUUGCUGCAAAAUUCAAAACACCACAGCUUGCAAAAGAGUUCAAGCUGAAAUUCGAGGAGUGUCAGCGACUGCUUUUGGACAUUCCUUUGCAGACGCCUCACAAGCUCGUGAACACUGGCAGAACGGCCCAGCUUAUAAAGCAAGCUGAAGAAAUGAAAUCUGGGCUUAAGGACCUCAAAUCAUUCUUGACUUGCCAAAACAAGGAUGACAAAAGUUGCGAUACAAGUCAUAGUACCUCUGCAGUUGUAGUUAAGCUCGACUCUGAGAGCACCGCACCCACUUUAGAAUGGGAUAAUUAUGAUUUGCGAGAGGAAACGCACGAGGACUGUGCCAGCUCCUCUGUGUGCAAUACUCCAGUAGCUAAAAAUUUAUUCUGCUUUGGCGAAUCGUCCACAGGCUUCAGUUUCAGUUUUCAGCCUAUUCUCAGUCCCUCUAAGUCUCCAUCUAAGCUAAACCAGAGCCAGGCUUCUGUUGGCACAGAUGAUGAGCAAGAAGCGUCGCAGGAGGAAGAGCGAGAUGGUCAGUACUUCGAGCCUGUUGUGCCAUUGCCUGAUCUUGUUGAAGUCUCAACAGGAGAGGAGAACGAGCAAGUCCUUUUCAGUCACCGGGCCAAAUUAUACCGCUAUGAUAAAGAUCUCAGUCAGUGGAAGGAACGAGGUAUAGGAGACCUUAAAAUACUACAACACUAUGAAACAAAGCGUGUCAGACUCGUGAUGAGACGGGACCAGGUCCUCAAACUGUGUGCAAACCAUUGGAUUGCUUCCAAUAUGAAGCUCAAGCCCAAGAAAGGAGCCGAGAAAGCAUGGAUCUGGAGUGCCUUUGAUUUUGCUGAAGAGCAGGGCACGGUGGAACAGCUGGCGGUUCGAUUUAAACUGCAGGAAACUGCAGAUGCUUUCAAAGAAAUCUUCGAAGAGGCGAGGACUGCACAGGAAAAAGACACUCUACUCGCCCCGUUUUCUGCGAGAGUACCUGCCUCCACCCAGGAGACGCUUUGUGGCCAGGCUGCAGUUGCUGUACUUGAGGAAACCACAAAAGAACGUACCGGACUCUCUGAGGAAGACGGUCCUAAUCCGGAUGGGACACCGGGGGCAAAGCUUGGUGCUCAAAGCAGCAAGAAUGUGGUCUCUCCUCCUAAGUUUGUCUUUGGGUCAGACUCUGUGCAGAAGAUCUUUAGAAGCCCUUCGCCAUCAAAAGAAAAAUCUCCUGUUGUGAUUCCCAGUUCAGAAGAUGAGGAAGUAAGUGCCUCGAGACUGAAAACCUCUGGACCAGCAGUGACCAGCCAGUCAUCGGUUGGGACUCCUUUCAGCAUACCAACAAGAAGUUUGGAUUUUAGGCUUUUCAAACAUAAUCCUAUGACUUUUUGGACCUGCGCAUCAGCCACCCAGUUUGAAGCCCAAGUUUCCUCUCCGUCAGAGCAGAAGAGCGCUCCGGACGAGUGUGAUGAGGAUGAGGAUGAUGUUGAGAUGGUGUAUGUGCUGAAGCCCACGAGAGAGCAAGCAGAGCUGGCUGCCAGACUGAUGCUUCCUCAUACCUUCUUCUGUUAUAAAAACCUUCCAGGAUAUGUCAGCGACGAUGACCGCGAUGAUGAGGAUUUUGAGAGCGCAGUGAGGAGUCUGAAGGGGAAGCUGUGUGCGGAUGGAGCCGAUGGAGCGUCUGAUCACGACUCGGAGGUCAGUCUGGUGUGGGAGAAGCAGUCGACUGCAGACGAGGAGCAGCGAGCCAGACGCCUCCUGCUGUCUCCCGCUGUCCUGUGCAACGUCAGCAGCGACUCCGAGCCGGAGGCAGAGAACCCAGAUGACUUCAGCACUAAGCUCCAGAAGCUGCAGCAGGAGCAGGUGAUGAAUGUUUCUGAUCUUCACAUCGCCGUGAGCACAGCACCCAAGCCUUCCCAUGAUGCAGCAGCUGUGGACACGAGCAGCGGCGGAGCAGAAGAGCGUCAGACUGACGGCAGCCGUCCCAUCGACCUCUCCACCAAGAGAAGCAGUGAGAGCGACAGCACCGCUACAGCAGGUCUCGCUUUUGGAUUUGAAUCUGCGGGUGAGGUUUCAUUUGCAGAACUGGCAAAGGGUUCAGGUGAAUUAGCAUUUUGCAAAAGAGAUGAUGAUUUCUCAUGGUCAGACGCAGGAGCCAGAGUCUUUGGAAGCGCAGCGACACAAAAUGAAGGAGAAAAGGCUCGCAGUGAAGCAGAAGAGGAGGGCAGUGAUGAAGAGACGACUCAUAAUGAGGAGAUCCACUUUGAGCCGAUCGUGUCUCUGCCUGAGGUGGAGGUGAGGUCUGGUGAGGAGGACGAGGAGAUCCUGUUCAGAGAAAGAGCCAAACUUUACCGCUGGGACCGCGAGCUCAACCAGUGGAAGGAGCGCGGCGUGGGAGACCUCAAGAUCCUAUUCCACCCGCUGAAGAAGAGCUACCGCCUGCUGAUGAGACGCGAGCAGGUGCUCAGAGUCUGCGCCAACCACAGCAUCAGCCCGAGCAUCGAGCUCAAGCCCAUGAACACCUCGGCUAACUCUCUGGUGUGGACCGCCACAGACUACGCAGAGGGAGACGGGAAAGUGGAGCAGCUGGCGGCCAAGUUCAAGACUUCAGAGCUGGCGGAGUCCUUCACACGAGCCUUCACAGACUGCCAGAGCCGCAUGUGUCAGACUGACGCCGCUCAGGUGUCUGCCGCCGAGGCGCUGUCUCGAGACUCCAACCCUGUGGUGUUCUUCGACAUCACCGUAGAUGACGAGCAUGCUGGGAGAGUCGUCAUGGAGCUCUUCGCUCACAUCGUGCCCAGAACGGCGGAGAACUUCCGGGCUCUGUGUACGGGAGAGAUGGGCUUCGGCUACCGCCAGUCCAUCUUCCACAGGAUCGUCCCGGACUUCAUGUGUCAGCAGGCCUGAGCCGGACCUCACUGACGCCGGUCUGUCUCACAGCAGUGAAGUCUGUCAGACACAGAGUCCAGCUGGAGGUGCUCAGAUCCUCAGAAAUGACCAGAAGCAGCAG